AUGGAAAAGUUUCCGAGCCUUGCGACAUCACCAGGUCUGGGCAACGAUUCCACCCACGAUGGAAACUCCUUAAACUCGCCGUCGAUGGCCUUCAAUGGCAACAACCUCAGUCCCAAUGGCUAUCCCGCGAGAAGCGCCUGGUCCUCGUCCGGCCGCACCCAUGGCCGCCAAAAGAGCCUCGGCGAUGCAUUCCGAACGAUUCGAGCCAGAAACGGCAGCAUGAGCCAAAAUGCCCAUGAAAUUGCCGAUGCGCUACGAGCCCCGGUGUCCCCAAAGCUUGUCGUUCUCUGCUUGAUGUGGUACACAUCGUCUGCUCUGACGAAUACGUCGUCAAAGUCCAUUCUCAAUGCCUUUAACAUGCCUGCAACGCUGACGUUAAUUCAAUUUGCGUUCGUGUCUUCGCUCUGCAUCUUUCUUUCCUGGCUGUCCGGCAUCUUCCCCGUCCUUCGCACCAAGAUUUCUGCGUUACGAUACCCCAUCUGUCAACCCAGCAGAGAAGUCAUCAUGACAACGCUACCCCUGGCCAUGUUCCAGAUCGGCGGCCACCUCCUCAGCUCGACCGCGACGGCUAAGAUACCCGUUUCGCUCGUCCACACGAUAAAGGGCCUUUCGCCGCUGUUUACCGUGCUCGCCUAUAGACUGAUUUACAACAUUCGAUACCCCACGGCAACGUACCUCUCCUUGGUUCCUUUGACAAUAGGAGUCAUGCUGGCCUGCUCCAGCGAACGAAGCUACAGUGGCCAACUCCUUGGCGUGUUGGAAGCGCUUCUAGCAACCCUAAUCUUUGUAACGCAAAAUAUAUUUUCGAAAAAGUUAUUCAACGAAGCCGCGAAAGUCGAGUCCGAGGGCGGCGGGGCUCAAUCCAAGAAACUCGACAAGCUCAAUCUACUCUGCUACUCGUCUGGCAUGGCCUUUGCCCUGACUAUGCCGAUUUGGUUCUGGUCAGAGGGCAUCACUCUUCUGAAGGACUUCCUCCAUGAUGGCUCAGUAGACCUCAGCGAGCUACCCAAUUCUAUGGACCAUGGCCGCCUGACGCUCGAAUUCGUCUUCAACGGCGUCUUCCAUUUUGGACAAAACAUCAUUGCCUUCAUCCUCCUCUCCAUGGUAUCUCCAGUCACAUACUCCGUCGCCAGUCUCAUCAAGCGUGUUUUUGUUAUUGUCAUGGCCAUCAUCUGGUUCAGGAGCCCAACGACCUCUGUCCAGGCAGUGGGCAUUGCCCUCACCUUCCUAGGUCUCUAUCUCUACGACCGCACUAGCGAAAGCAACAAGGCUGAUCGAACCGCACGAAUGAUGUCCGAGUCGCGGAAUGGAACGCCUUUGUUGCCGCUCUCCGAGGCGCCUGCGCAAACGGGUCGCUAUCGUGCAUCCCCUCAGCUGAGGAACGGUGCGUUCCAAUCAUGA